AUGGCCACGACCACCUUCAUGACCACCACCACAGCCACCAGCACCUCCACGGCCACCACCCUCUCUGUACCCAGCACCCCUGCACCCACCACAUCAGCACCCGCUACAAAUACCACCACCUCGGCACCCACCACCUCCAAGACCACCACCACGACCACCACCACAACCACCACCACGACGACCACCACCACUUCUGCCAACAAGGUCACCACGCGUCCACCCACCACCACCACGCCAGGGACCUGCGACAACGGUGGCACCUGGGUGGACGGCCACUGCCAGUGCCUCCCCCAUUUCACGGGUGACAAAUGCAACGACGUCGUCGACACCAUCGAAACGAACGCCG